AUGAAAAUCGACCGUUUUCGAUCUGCCUGGGGAAUUGCUCCUGGUCCGAAUAUGGAUCACUGGGCUCAAUGGUUUCCAGUACUGAAGGCCCAGGGCUACAGUACGUACAGAGACUCCAAGUUUUGGCUAACAUGUGGUGUCGAAGUGGACAUUCAUCCGCUGGACCCAAGUAGAGACUUUCCCCGCCUCAGGGAACUAUGCGACCAGACCGACUUGGAGCUUGGACUAAUGAUACACUCGUCUUGGUUUCAGUAUCUCGGACCCCGGCCGGCUGGCACCAAAGCAGACGACCACUUGCGGAAUUAUCGAAGCCUGCUAGAAUCAAUUCAGCAAUUGAAACCUUCCACUAUGAACUUUCAAUCGGGAGACCAAAGAGACCUCUGGGACGUCGAGGAGUCAAUUAAGUUCUAUAAAGGGACAAUCCACAUCGACAGCGAGCUCGGAAUAUCUGGUCGAGUCUACCACGAGACCCAUAGAAACCGAUCACUUUUCACACCCUAUGCCACACGGCGCAUUUUGGAGGCUGUCCCCGAACUUCGGAUCACCGCUGAUUUCUCUCACUGGAUGGUUGGAUGUGAGAGAGUUCUGGAUAUCAGUGAAGGCGAUAAAGUCAUGAUGGACGCCAUCGUGCCCCAUGUUUACCAUAUCCAUGCCAGAAUAGGAACAACACAAGCAUCGCAAUGUCCUGAGCCCACGAACCCCGUCUUCAGAGAAGAGAAGGAGUGCUUCGAGAGGAUAUGGAAAAAUGUCAUCCGAGCGCGGGUCAAGGAUGGAACAACAAGAAGGAUCGUUUUUGUGCCGGAAUAUGGACCAUUCCCAUAUCACCCGAUUGGAAGCGCCAAAACCCACAGCGAGGUGGCAGAUGAGGAGGGUAAACGGUUGCAAGUCCUGUUUGAUGGGUAUGCUGCAAGCUCAGCCAAUGCUUGA